AUGCACCCAUUACCACGCCUAUCGAAGGCUCCAGAACAGAGUAAUGACAUUUCUGAAGUUUUGGUCGUUGGAGCUGGCCCAGCGGGCCUGUUCAUGACUUUGAACCUCGCUCAUUUGGGACUUACCGACACUUCUCUUCUAUGUAUCGAUGCUAAAUCUGGUCCGACACCCGCAGGCCAUGCCGACGGCCUGAACGGACGCACGCUGGAGAUCUUUCGCACGGUCCAGAUUGAAGGUGACAUCCUCCGUGACGCCCCUAGUAUAUGCAGUUACGCAUCCUGGUACCGGCCAAACGGUGACCCAGACAGCUUCCAUAAGGGCUCCGAGCAGAUCGCAAACACAGUAGCCCCAGCACGGUACGGUGAUUAUAAACUUAUGCAACAAGGCCGUCUUGAGCGCGUCUUUUUGCGCGAUCUCUUCGACUACUCGACGCGUGGUGUGCAGUAUUCAACUCAGUUGGUUGACGUCAAUCUUGACGAGACGGAUCCGGAACGGCCAGUGACUGCAGUGGUAGAGACGGACGGACAUCGAAGGACUCUACGGACGAAAUAUCUCAUCGCUGCCGACGGUGCUCGGUCUGGCAUCCGCCAGAAACUUAACAUCGAGCAAGAAGGACAGAACUUACCUCGCGUAUGGGGCGUCAUCGACAUUGUUGUCGACACCGACUUCCCGGACAUACGCAAGUUUACUCAGCUGCCUGGGCACCUUGGUGAAGGGAGAGGGCACGCGUUCAUCAUCCCUCGCGAGAAGAUGAGCAACGGCGAGCCGAUGACACGGUUUUACGUCGACUUGACAGACUAUUCGGAGUCAACAGAGGGCAUGUCGGACACGCGGGCAUUCCGAGCGAGCAUUACCGUCGACAAAAUCAUGAAGAAGGUGCGCGAGAAACUACACCCAUACCGCGUGGACAUGAAGAAGGGCACACGACCGAUCUGGUGGGCCGCGUACCCCAUCGCUCAGAAAACGGCAAAGGAACAAAUCGUGCGAGACUCCCAGAGCCACCCCCGAAUCUUUCUCGCAGGCGACUCAAUGCACUCGCACUCACCCUCUCAAGGCCUUGGCAUGAACAUGGGCAUUCAAGACGCCUUUAACCUCUCCUGGAAACUUGCCUACGCUAUACAUGGCCUCACGGUCUCGCCAACCUCCCUGCUCGAUACAUACGAAUCCGAGCGCCGCCCGGUCGCCCGCCGCCUCAUCCACCUCGACCGCGUAUGGAACUCGACCGGCAAGACAGAGCAGCCCAUCGAGGCGCGCCUGCACGACAUGGCAGAGUACAUGACCUGCUGCGGCAUCGAGUACGGGCCCAGCAUGCUCGUCUCGCAGCCCACCAGCGCCGCCGAGCACGACUCCAAUACCGCAUCCCGUCCGCCCAAUUCCGCGUCAACGGCGCAUGGCCCUGUUUCCGGCACAGACUAUCUUCACGGCGUCCUACGACCGGGCCGCCGUUUGCUCAAUAUCGCACUGCGACGGUUCGCCGAUGGACAUGGCUGGGACAUACACGACGACUUGCGCGCCGACGGGCGGUACCGGGCUGUUGUGCUCGCCACAGUGAAUUUUCCGCACGGGCUGCGAGAUCGAAGCGCUGUGGCGCAUGUGUGUGGUGCUACGGUACAUGCGUUUGUGGCGGGAGGAGCUCCUAUCGUCGAGGCGGUCAUUGUGUAUCCCGGUUCGGGGGAGUGUGGGUGGGGCUGGAGGGAUGUACCGGAGGCUGUAAAGAAACAUUGUGAAAUGAGGGUUUACGGGGCGCAGAGGGAGGAGUAUGAGAGGUAUGGUGUGGAUGUGGACAGAGGCGCUGUGGUUGUUGUGAGGCCGGAUGGGGUUGUUGGGUGGGUGGGUGAGCUGGAUGAUGUGCAAGUGAUGGACGAGUUUCUUGGGCGGGUGCUGAGGAGAAAGAGUGUUGACGAGCUCGUGGACAGGAGCGAGGCGGUGGAUUGUGAUAUUGGCAGUCGUGGAGUGCUGUGUGGGUGA